GACAACGAAAUGCCCAGAGGGCGCCCUGACUUGGGCCAGAAGGCCCACGGCAGCAGAGGUCUGCAAAGCAGGGAUGCGCUGGGCGGGGCCCAGAGGGGCGGGCCCAGGGGCGUGGCGCACGGGCGCGAGGGUGGGCGGCCCGAGACCCGGCCGCGCGGUCCUCCGGCGCCAAGAGCUCAGUCAGCCUAGCGCGGAGCAGCGCCGGGCGAGAGCGUCCCCGUGCUGCCCAGCACCCUCCAGCGUCUUCCGGGCCAGGCGCUCGCUGCAGCUCUGUUCCUGGAUGCCGAGCAAAACACAGGCACCCCAGCCUGCUACACACUUCUCAUCUUUUUCGGUGGAUGAUAGGUCGCCCGUGCAUCCAGGCUGGGCCUUGCGGGCUGCCCGGUUGGAGUGGGACUUCCCUACCAUUCUGUGCUCUCUUGACUCUCAACUCAGUCGAAACUCAGCCUUCUCACACCUGGUCCUGUCCAUCAUCCAUCUGCUGAAGAACAGCAGAAUGCCUUAUCACUCAGGUGUAGGUUCCCCUCACUGAACUCAUCUGCCCUUGUGCACAGACUCAUGGGACAUAACACCACUACUGGAUGCCUGGUACAUUUAAGAAACCUGACUGCGUGAGAAGCACUCUACAUGGGCACAGAAUGUUACCUGGAAUCCGAGAACUAAAUGAUCCUGACUUUUCUUGAUUUUAAAUGUGCUAUCAUCCAUUUCAAGAUGCCUUUGCACUUUUGAUAAAUGCAAACUGACAAAUCUCCAGACCACGACAGAGAGGAAAUCAGUACUGCUUGAAGCCUGAAAGACUACUCUUAAUAAAGCCAAGUCCCCAGUUGUUGAAAUGCUGAGGAAGUUGUGGAGGAGGAAACUUUUUUCUUAUCCCACUAAAUACUUCUUCUUAUUUCUUGCUUUUUCGGUGGUCACAUUCACUGUUUUAAGAAUUCAUCAAAAGCCUGAAUUUGUAAAUUUUAGACAUUUGGAGCUGUUUGAAGAGAAUCCUAGUAGCAAUGUUAAUUGCACCAAAAUUCUACAGGGUGAUGUAGAUGAAAUCCAAAAGGUAAAGCUUGAGAGUCUAACAGUGAAAUUUAAAAAGCGCACUCGAUGGACAAACGAUGACUAUAUAAACAUGACUGGUGACUGCGCUUCUUUCAUCAAGAAGCGCAAAUAUAUUAUAGAACCACUUAGUAAAGAAGAGGCGGAAUUUCCAAUAGCAUAUUCUAUAGUGGUUCAUCACAAAAUUGAAAUGCUUGACAGGCUCCUGAGGGCCAUCUAUAUGCCUCAGAAUUUCUAUUGUAUUCACGUGGAUAGAAAAUCAGAGAAAUCCUUUUUGGCUGCAGCUGUUGGCAUCGCAUCCUGCUUCAGUAAUGUCUUUGUCGCCAGUCAGCUGGAGAGCGUGGUGUAUGCGUCCUGGAGCCGGGUUCAGGCUGACCUUAACUGCAUGCAGGACCUCUACCGGAUAAAUGCAGGCUGGAAGUACUUGAUAAAUCUCUGCGGUAUGGAUUUUCCUAUUAAAACCAACCUGGAAAUUGUCAGGAAGCUCAAGCUGUUGAUGGGCGAGAACAACCUAGAAACGGAGAGAAUGCCAUCCCAUAAGAAAGAAAGGUGGAAAAAGCAUUAUGAAGUCGUGAAUGGAAAGCUGACAAACAUGGGGACUGACAAAAUACAUCCACCUCUUGAAACACCUCUGUUUUCAGGCAGUGCCUAUUUCGUGGUCAGUAGGGAGUAUGUGGAGUACGUGCUCCAGAACCAAAAUAUCCAAAAGUUUAUGGAGUGGGCAAAAGACACAUACAGCCCAGAUGAGUAUCUCUGGGCCACUAUUCAGAGGAUCCCCGAAGUCCCAGGGUCAUUGUCCUUAAGCCAAAAGUAUGACAUGUCUGACAUGCAAGCGAUUGCCAGAUUUGUUAAAUGGCAGUACUUUGAAGGAGACGUUUCCAAGGGCGCCCCCUACCCGCCGUGCAGCGGCGUCCACGUGCGCUCUGUGUGCGUUUUCGGAGCUGGUGAUUUGAACUGGCUGUUGCACGUGCACCACUUGUUUGCCAACAAAUUCGACACGGACAUCGACCUCUUUGCCAUCCAGUGUUUGGAUGAGCAUCUGAGGCAUAAAGCCCUGGAGACGUUAAAACCCUAAAUGUUGUAGGCGGUUUUAGAAAUAUUAAUAAGGAGGCAGGAGAUCUACCCCCAUUUGAUUCUUGCGCCUCCAGAAUCCAACUGGAUUCUUCAAGCCAGAGAAGCAACAUGGUUUCUGCGGAGCAGGGUCAGUUAGAAAGGCUGUGUCCUUAAGCUUGGACUUACAGUUAAUGAGACACUGAGGCAGGUUGCAAGGCAUUGUAGGGGAAGGUAGCUGGGGAAGAGGCUGAAGGCAAGCUAGCCUUUUAAAGAGCUCAGGGACUUUAAACUCUUUUAAGAUUUAACUUGUGCCAAAAUUACUUGGAGAGCUUUAAAUAUGAGGGGUUUUCCUGAUUUGAAUAGAUUUAUAGCAAUAACCCAAUCGGGAUAUAAUUUAUCUUGUAGAUUAUGUUUGUUGAAAAAGAAAUUUGACUUUAUUCUAAAUGAUCUUGUAAAUGAUUGACUUUCUACUGUUACUUUGAGCUAUGUUGUGUAUCUAUAUAUGCCAUCUCAGGGAACUUGAAAAAAAUGGGCUUGACUGAAUGUGAAUAUUUCUCAUUUUUGUUUUUAACAAUGUAUAUGUGUUUUUAAAAGACAAAAAGAGACAGUUUCUAGUUUAGUUGAUUCUGUGAAUCAUCUUAGGUUACUUAAGAAGUUAAGGUAUCUUGGGUUGUUAUAGUGUCUACAGAGUAACACCCAAUUUUUUCAAAUAUGUCUGUCUCCUCCUCCUCCAGUCUCCCCACACUCUGCUAUCCAGAUGUAUAUAAACUAGUUUUCAUAGUGACCCAUAUUACAGCCUCAGUUCUCUUAUGUUUGGUAGUAAUUGGCCUGUAGAACUAAGAAAGGGUGAAGAGUCAUAUGAGUGUUAAAAAGCAGCAAUCUGUACUAUCCCCAGAAAUUAAGGAUAUUGCUGUUUGGAUCAGCUUGUGUCCAUGCUCCAGACUCUUGCAUCCAGGUGCCACUUCUGUCACCCUUUGAAAGGAACUGGCUUCCCCCACUUCUUAUUUCUUCAAGUUACCGGCCCAGUGGUUAGUCCUUAGCUCUUGCAUUGUAAGUUCCCUUCUCUCUCAGAACCUAUGAGGAGGGGAAAGAUGUGCUGUUGUACCACCUGGUGUGCUUGAAGGCCUGGGAAUCCUAAAGAGGAACACUAGGUUUGAGACAGAUUGUCUCAGUAUUGAUAUUAUUUUUAGCAUAUAGUUUUUACUCUUUUAGCAUAUACUUUUCACCAAAAGACAGAUUUGUGGUUGCUAUUGCUAUCUCAUAUCUAAAAGUAAAUGAAGAUUUUUUAAAAAGCACCAACUUGCACUUUUUCUAAGGUGAUAGCAUUCAGCCAAAGAUCUAAUAGGACAUAGGAAGUUUUUAUCAUUACCUGAGGUGUCAAAAAAGAAUUAAAUUCACGAACUUGAUUGUUAAAGCUUAGCCAACUUAAAUAGUAUAUGGGAAGUUCAUAAUAUCACACAGUGUUCAGGCAUUCAGCUGAGAAAACAUUUUAUUCCAUAGAGUUAAGAAAGUUUUAUCUUACAGAGAGAUUUGUUAUACCAACCCUCCUGAAUGAAAGUUUCACACUUUGGGAGACUAUCAUUUGUAAACAUGCAAGUCAGUGGAUUGCUGUGGUUUGCAUGAUUUAACAUGGCAGCCAGUGUUGGACCAAGAAAAAUAUACCCACAGUGGAAAUUCAAGACGUGAUGUCAAUGAGGGCAUUAUAUGCAUAGCGUUCUGUCUCUGUUGACUUCUAAACCAACUUGUUCUUUUAAUGCAUGUCGCGUGUCUCUCUCAUGCUCUCUUUUAGAAGAAAAGUUUUAUCUGUGAGUUGUGCCUUUAAAAAAAAACAACUCUAAAACUCGUGAUUUUCGGUGACAUACUUCAUGUCUAUGUCUUGUGUUUUCUUAACUUCUUUCGUGGUGUCUUCACUACUAUACUAUAGACAUUUUCAGGGUUGUUUUGUUUUGUUUUGUUUUGUUUUUUUGAAUAUUUGCAAAGUUAUAGGAAAGUUAAAAGUAAUGGUACAGUGAACAUUAUAUAACCUUCACCUGGAGUCAUUGGUUGUUAGCUUUGUGCCCAUGUGCUUUCAAUUGUAUGGAUUUUUAAAUUUAACAAAAUUGAAAAUUGAAAGUUAAAGUUUAUAAAUAUCUAAAGUUAUCAUUCAUAGCACUGCUUUUAUUGUAGUGUGACUAAAUCUUAUGAACAUUUAAACUGGCAGCUUUGAGGGAUUUUUUUUCUCCCCAUAGACAUAAAAGCAAUGAUUUUAGAAUCCAUUUCCCAAAGCCCCACAGUAAAACUGUGGACCCACCAUCUUUUAUGAAACUCUGGUAACUUUUCUUUCUAGAGAGUUUACUUACUUAUAUGUGUCUGAAUAUUACCCUAUUGCUACUAGCUUUACAGGGAUUAUAUAGCCAUUAGGACUCUUAAUUUUAUGCUUUUCAACAUAAAUGAAAUUCAUACUAGUGGGACAAACAACUGGAAGAGUCAAGAAGAUGGUUUCAAAAGGAAACCCAUACUGCAUUCAGGAGGAGCAGAAAUGUAAGUUCUUUGGGAAAGAUAAAUUAAAUUCCUAUAUUUCAGUUAUUAAACACUAAUUUCUUUUACUGUCAUUUAAGGUCUUGUAUAGGGAAUUAUUAGAAAUUGUGUUCCCAAGUCCUUAAACGUACAGAAACUGCAGUUUUUUAAUGGAAGUAUUCUAGUUAAUGAAGUGCUGAUCAAGAUUCAUGUUAAGAAUAAGAGUUAACAAAAAUGGUUCUUCCUUGACAGGCGAUUACCUAGGCUUUUCUCAGACCGUGGUAAGCCACCACUCAGCCUUGAAAAUCAACUACUAUUGUCUCUAAACAUGUGUUGAUAUUUGUGUCAUUCAAGUACAAUUUACUUAAAGAACGUACAUGGAUGUUUUUGUAGUCAUUUAGGGGAGGAAGAAGCCAUGUUUUACUUAAUUUCACCAGCAGAGUAAACUGACCUGAACUUUUUUAGUUGGCUUAGAAAAGUAAAAAUCAUUUCUCAUUAUGGUAAAAAUAAAUCAGUAAAUGCAAGACUUUUUGACACGUGUGGUUACUGUGGGUUUUACUCUUUUGAAUAUGAGUGUAACUGAAUGCAUUUGGAAGUAGUCAUUUCACCAUUAAAAUCAGCUAUUCAGAAACUGGU